UAUAAUUUGUUAUGAAACAAAACAAAGAGUCAACCCAUGAAAAUUUGAAAAGUUAUUUCGCAAGUAAAAGAAAAAUGUUCUAAAUUAAGUAGUUUCAUAAACUGUUGAUUAAUAAGUAAAUAAGUGUGUUAGAUAAAACAAAAAACACAAAAUGUCCACAUCGUUAUUAAAAAUAGCACACCGCUGCAAUUCAAACAGUUUGCUCCGAACUCGCAGUUUCCUACCGGCGCCGGUUCGAUUCAUAGGCCGUGAUCAAAGUGCAGAAGCAGCUCGAAGGCGCAAGAUACGAUCAACCAUCUACUAUGCGGCUGCGGCCGGUGUCCUCACCGUGGGAAUGAGCUAUGCUGCCGUUCCGCUGUAUCGGAUGUUCUGCCAGGCUUACAGCUACGGUGGGACCACCAGUCAAGGGCACGACGGAGAGAAGGUGGAAACCAUGCAGCGAGUCAAGGAUCGAGUAAUCAAGAUUCGGUUCAACGCCGACUUGGGAGCGGCCAUGCGGUGGAAUUUUAAGCCUCAACAACCGGAGAUAAAUGUCGUACCCGGUGAAACUGCCUUGGCUUUUUAUACGGCAAGGAAUCCUUCGGACCAACCGGUGACAGGAAUCAGCACGUACAAUGUGGUGCCGUUCGAAGCCGGGCAAUAUUUCAACAAAAUUCAGUGUUUUUGCUUUGAGGAACAGCGACUGAAUCCGCAUGAAGAGGUGGAUAUGCCAGUGUUCUUUUAUAUUGACCCUGAAAUUAUGGACGACCCCAAGUUGGAAUUGAUAGACUGCAUCACGUUAUCCUACACGUUUUUCGAAGCUAAAGAUGGACAAAACUUCCAAAUGCCGUCUUACGCUACGAAACAUGGUGGUUAGUAAAUUUUAUUGUUGAACGCA